AAUUAUACAUGAUUUUUUGAAAUAGGAAGGAUAUUCCAGGAAGGCGGGGUCAAUUUGCAAUGGUGUCUAUAUAAAUAGCUUUAGCUCACUUUUAACAAACUAAUGGAAUUUCGUAUACCACAAGAUAUUGAAAAUGUCGUGUAUUUCCGGUGUGUUGAUUUCGCUGGGUCUGGUUGCAGUUUUGACUACAGAUAUCGGAUAUGGACAUGAAGAUAAUUGGCAACUAGUAUUUCAUGCAGUUAAAGGUAAUGGUGAAUCUGUCCUCAACGCCUGGAACACAAAGGCACCAUCCCAAUGUACUCCUAACAAUGGCUGCCUUCCUCCGGGUUUUAAGCUGGAUCACUGGAGGGAUAAUGCAAAACAUCUACGAAGUCCUCUUAUUGAUCAGUGGGAGUCACUCAGUAUUAGGAAGAUCAAAGUGGAGCUUGGUGGGCAGGGGAAAACAUUAGCAUUCUUGGAAUUUGAUGGAAGCGGAAGCAACGACAAAGACUGGUUUAGCAAGUCCAGACUUCUCCACAGUAGUUGGGCCGAUCUCAAAACCGCCAACACAAACCUCUUUUCUAUAAAAGGCGACGAAAGAGAUAUAAAUCCUCUAAAAAGGCAUUUCUUUGUUAACCAACGUUAUGCCGGAUGUCCCAAUGAUUUUGGAUGGUUUGUAGUAUUAGACAGAACCAAUGAAGUAUGUUCAUGGGCAAAGAAAGGAAAAGCACCAGCGUUUUUGUAUAGCAAGGGCUCACAAGUUGCAAAUUGGAACCAAAGUCCAGGAGUUGCCGAUGUGAUGAACGUAUAUAUCCAAGCACUGUAGUGAAGAGAAAAUUGCAAUAAAUAUGUUUCAAAUGUAA